GUUUCCGUAGUUUCAGUCUCGCAUAUCAUCAACAACGUCCCUGGAGCCUGUAGACGGCAACAACAACUCAACUUGUCUGUCAGCAUUUUCUGUAAAAAGACUACUAGGCAUACUGUCGACUACGUUCCAAUGUGUUUGGUUCAUCAUUUAGCUACAGGCAGACCAGAUUAAAUGUUGAAGAUGAAUAGCACUAACAACAUGUCGCAACGUGCUCUUGACAAGACUGUUGAACGCACAUUUCAAUACGAUGAAUCCCUUCCUUCAUUGCCACUACCUACUCUAAAGAAGACUCUGUCCAAGUACCUAGAUUCAGUUAAACCUUUUGUGUCAGCUGAAGAAUUUGUUGCUUAUAAAGAGCAAGUGAAGAUAUUUGAGGAAGGAAUUGGGAAAACACUUCACAACAAACUAUCAGAGAAGGCCAAACAUUCCAAAAAUUGGGUUAGUGAGUGGUGGAACGAGAAGGCCUAUCUGGAGGUAAGGUCUCCUACAGCUAUUUUAGGCAACAUGAUUGGUCCUGGUCCUUCCAUACAGGAUAUUUGGCCACCAGAGAUUGGAACUCAGCUGUCAAGAGCUGCCAUAUAUCUCUACCAUGGACUCUUAUACUGGAAUAUGAUCAGAAGAGAAAGAAUAUCCCCUGAUGUAAGCCAUGCUAAAGGGAAUAUGAAACAGUCCAUGAGCCAGCUUCGUAGCAUAUUCAAUUGUGGUCGUAUUCCAGGUAUCAAACGUGAUAAGAUAAUAAGGUCUUUCAAAACAGAAACUGAGGGUAUGUGCCAUUCCCACGUGAUUGUUACAUGUAAUGGCCACAUCUACAAGAUGUACCCACUCGAUAAACACUAUAAUGUGUUAUCUUCACAUGAAAUAUAUAGACAACUUACUUACAUUAAAGAGAAGAGUCUAGAACGAGGUCAAGGCAUCAGUUCAUUAACAGCUGGUGAUAGAACACCAUAUGCAAAGUCAUAUCAGCAUUUGGUUGCGCUAGAUCAUGCAAAUGAGCAGCAUGUUGAGGACAUUCUUUCAAGUAUCUUGGUGUUGGUACUGGAUAAUGGCAGUCCUCAAAACAUGUCUCAGACGUAUGAAGCUGCGUUCAGUGGACCCCAGCCUUGGAACAGGUGGUCUGACAAGGCGUUUUCUUUAAUUGUGUUUGAAAAUGGUGUGAUUUCUUGUAACUGUGAUCAUGCGGCAUAUGAUGGCAUGGUGAUGGUUCGGUUGAGUUCUUACAUACACCAACAACUUCUAAGUACUGCAGGAGAUUGGCAGGGGGUUGCAGCUGUAGAUCCAAAUACACUAAUGCCAAGGGAGUUGGUAUUUAUAACUGAUGACAUCAUUGCAAAGGCCAUUGAGGAAGCAGAAAACACCUACUUCAUCAAUGCAAAAAAAGUUGAGUUGUUGUGCAGUAGCUUCAUACUUUAUGGAAAAAAAUGGCUGAAGCAGAAGAACCUUCACCCGGAUACUUGCUGCCAACUGGCCAUCCAGCUUGCCUACUACUUAAUGUAUUCCAAACCAGCACCAUGCUAUGAGACUGCGACCACCAGGCAGUACUAUAAUGGUAGGACUGAAACUGUAAGGUCAACAACACCAGAAGCUGUUGAAUGGUGUAAAGCAAUGGUGGAUCCAAAAAUCUCAAUUGGAGAACGGCAGACAUUAUUUCAAGUGGCGUACAAUAAACACAACACAUUGAUGAAUGAAGCCAUGGAUGCCCAUGGUUGUGAUCGCCAUAUAUUUGGACUUAUUUGCAUUGCUGAAGAAAUGGGCUUACCAACCCCUGACAUUUUCUUACAUGAAGCAUACACCAAAAGCGGCGGUGGUGGGAACUUUGUGUUGUCCACUAGUCUAAUAGGCUAUACCACUGUGCAUGGAGGGGUGGCAGCUAUGACCUAUGAUGGCUAUGGCAUCUUCUACAAGAUUGCAGAUGACCACUUGCAGUUUCUUGUCACUUGUUUUACAUCCUGUGAAGACACAAGCUGCUCACAGUUCUUCAGUGCCCUCAACAAAGCCUUAGUUCAAAUCAAAGGUCUAAUAGUCCCAGCAGUCAGCAAGCUCUAGAUAUUAUUGUUAAGGAUGAAUGACGGACAAUUAAUCCAGUAGAAUAUUUGUCCUAUAAUGUGGAUAAUUCAUCCCAUAGUGUAGAUGAUUUUUGACUCAUGUGCUGGAUGGUUCAUCCCAUAAAGUAGCGUAUUCAUCUUAAGAGUGUGGAUUUGUCUUGUAGAUUAAAUAAUUUGCCACAUGUGCUCGAAAAUUUUCCCCUUCAGGUUAUAAUAUCCAACCUGUUGUAUCCAACUUAGCAUGAUCAAAGAGUAUAAGUAGAACAAUAGAGCCAACUACGCGAUACGCCAUAUGCAGCCAGUUUAUGACGCCUGCUACAAAUGGAUUCCCCAGUAAUGUACCGCGCAUGGUUUAUUGGUAUUUCGGUUUUCUUAGAUGGUUACAUACAUAGUGGCCGGUUGAUUUCCUUAUUUUUCUUAAUCUUCACAGUAUUGCAGAGGGCGCAGUUUAUGCGAACUCACACAUAGCAGGCGCACUAACAUAUCGACGAUGGCGACUUCCAUCGUAACUAGAGAGUGACGUUUUUACAGAGCGCAGUUGGCUCUCUUCUACUUUUCUACUCUUUGGUAUGAUGUGGAGUUUACCCUAAGCAAUUACAGUUGAACUUACCUAAGUCAAAUCCAAAAUCAUAGAAUUAUUAUUCGACUUUUUAAAGAUAAAAUUUGACUUACAGAUUGUUAAUUAAUGGAAAACACAAUUUGGCAUGUAAAAUAAGAUCGACUUAGAAAUUAUUCGACUUCGAAAUUAUUCGACUUAGGAAUGUUUAACUCUAGUAUGUGUCAUGAUGAUCAUAGUACAGCACUAGUAGUUUUUUGCUUGUACAAUAAUUCAACACUGGCUGUGGAUUAUUCACGCCCAUUCCAACAUGAGCCAGAGGUCGUCUGGUGUCCUGUUUAGAUCAAUGCAAGAACUCUCCCUCACUUGCGUCUAAUUGGUGAAUUUCCAUCAUCUUUGUGAUGGUUUUGAUGCAAACAGGUUGGUUUGGUUUAUCGUAUGCAGGUUCCCUUGAAAAGAGCAUUCAACCAAACAAACCAUAGAAACCCCUAGUUACAGGCUUAGUAAAAUGUAUAUGUUGUAAAAAACGGUUUGCCCUCAGAAUUAAUUUUUGAUAGUAAUGAAAACAAUUUUAAUACUGUUAACUUGUGCUAGAUUAGUGUUAAUAAUUUUAAAUAUAUACUAUUUGAACAAUGCAAAAUGUAAUCAAUGUUAAAAGUUUGAAUGAAUACCAUUAAUUUAAUAAGCAAUUAUUAUAGUUGUAUUCAACGGUUCUCAGGUGCUAAUGGUUCCUUUUAAACUGUCAGAGCAGCACCAAUAAGUAAAUUUGGAGACGAAUCCAAAAAAUAGAAAUAAUGUAUGGGACAGCAAUUAAAUUUGGUUCCUUUGUGCACUAAUGUUUGCACAGAAAACUGCUAAACUAAGUGCUUUAAGGCUAAUCUGCUUAUAGGAUAUCGUCUGCUGUGCCAAGCAUAAGAUUGAAAGUGCAAUGUUGAUGCACUCAAUAGAAUUUUAUUGGCGGUCGUGAUGUUAUGAGUGGCUUAUAUAAAUAAUGGAUGACACGGGUUUUACUGUUUAAAAAAAAGAUGUGUAUGUAAUGUGCCAAUAAAGAUAAGUGACAUUAUAAAAAAAA